GACACUUUUGCAUCUCUCUCUCUCUCUCUGCAUCCGUUUUCAAUCGUUUCAUCAUCAUGAUAAAUCCACGAUUCAAGCUCGCCACUUUCAAGCUGCAAAACCAGUUGCACAAAUUGAUACACUCUAAUCACAUCCAUGGCAACGCUCGCAUCAAACCCAGAAAAGCACCACGGCCUCACAAGUUCACAAGAAAUCAGCUCCGACCACCCAUCCCGUUUCUCGACCAUCUCAAACAAUGCACGAACCCCGACGAAUUCCUCUCCGCUUUCAACGAUUUCAACGAGAUGGGCUACAAGCACGACUACCCUUCUUACGCUUCUCUCAUCUACAAGCUCGCUCGCGCCAGACGAUUCGACGACGUCGACGCCGUUCUCGAUUAUAUCCGAUCCCGCGACAUCCGAUGCGGCGAGCCUAUGUUCAUCGGGUUAAUUCGGCAUUACGGGAAGGCCGAUUUGAUCGACAAGGCAAUCGAGACUUUCCGCGAGAUGGGGAAGUCGUAUAACUGCGCGCGAACGACGCAGUCGUUCAACACGAUUUUGAACGUUCUGGUUGACGGCGGGCGAAUUCCCGAUGCGAUCGAGUUGUUUGCGAAGGGGCCGAAGAUGGGAUUCAGGUUGAAUUCGGUUUCGUAUAAUGUGAUGAUCAAAAUGUGGUUGGGGAAUAACGACUGGGAGAAUGCGAUGAAGGUGUUCGACGAAAUGCUUGAGAGAGAGGUGGAGCCUACAUUUGUGACCUACAAUUCCCAAAUUGGGUUCUUGUGCAAAAGGGGCGAAAUUGAUGAGGCGAAGGGAUUGUUUGAGGGUAUGAGAGGGAAAGGAAGGCGAGGAAAUGCUGUCACUUACGCGUUGUUGAUGGAAGGUUUAUGCUCUUCCGGUAGGUUCAACGAGGCGAAGAAGCUGAUGUUCGAUAUGGAGUACCACGGCUGCAAAGCCGAGCUUGUGAACUACGGUGUUUUGAUGAGUGAUCUGUGCAAGAGAGGAUUGAUUGAUGAAGCGAAAGGGCUGCUUCUUGAGAUGAAGAGGAGGAGGAUUAAGCCCGACGUGGUGAUGUAUAACAUCUUGAUUGGUUGUUUGUGCAAAGAUGGUGCAGUUUUGGAGGGGUAUAAGCUGUUGGUUGAGAUGCAGGUGAAGGGCUUGAAGCCUAAUGCUGCCACUUAUAGAAUGGUUGUUGAUGGCUUCGUUAGAGUCGAGGAUUUUGCAGGCGGUUUGAAGGUUUUUAACGCGAUGCUUCAUAGCAACCAUGCUCCGCGGCUUGAGACUUUUCGUUGCCUGUGUAGUGGCUUGUUGCGGCGUGGGAGAAUGGAUGAAGGGGGCUUUGUUUUGGAGGAGAUGAAGAAGAGGAAGAUGAGCUUAGGAUGGGAUUUGUGGGAGGUUUUGGCUAGUGAUUCAUGCAAGGAUGAUGGAUUUGCAGUUGAGAGUUUAUCUCAUCUUGUUGCUUCACUUUGAUCAAGGAGGAGAGGGAUGUGAUUGGUUGUUUGUGAUAUGCCAUGUUACCAUUGUUAGUAAGAGCUCCUCAUUUAGAUUGAGUAGUUGCUUCUUCAUUU